GAGGAAGGCCUUGAGUGGGAUCGUGAGUUCUGUGGCCACCCGUAGCUUGGCUCUCUGCGCGCCAACGAGUGCGACUGCUAGGACUGCGCCGACCAAGGCACCCCUUGUGAGGCCUCCUCGCACGACGGCAUUGUAGUGAGCAUCUUCCUGCUCCUUGGACAGGAUCUUCAUCUUGUCAAGUGCAGCGAUGGCCCCAGCAAAGAGCCAAUCUGCCUUGCUUGCUUGCUGGCGAGUGACGUACGUCGCGCUUUGCUCUCGAUCACCCUCACUGCGACACCGCAAGAUGCAGGCUGGCGUGCGGACAGCGAGGCCAAGUCUGGCCGCUCAGCGUCGGCACAGAGCUUCAGUAGCCUAUGCCGGCCAUGUGCCUCUCAAUCUCUUCGAGAAUGGCUUGCUCGCAGUCGGCUCGGCGCUCGCGUCUCUCAACAACCCGCAUAGAGGCGACAUGAUCGCAGUCCUGUCGGAAACGACGGGGGGUCCCUUUCUCGAGCGACUGAGACUGCAAAUGCUCGAAUCGCCAUCCGGACGUCAACUGCUCAAAGAGCGUCCCAGGAUCACUUCGACGAGCGCGAACCUGCCCGAACUAGCUCAGCUACCUUCGGGCACCCUCGGCAAAGCCUACUGCGACUGGCUAGAGUGGUGCAAAGUCACGCCGGACACACGCGCACAGGUACGAUUCAUAGACGAUCCAGAGCUGGCCUACGUCAUGCAGCGCUAUCGAGAAUGUCAUGACUUCUACCACGUCAUCACAGGCUUUCCGGUCUCCGUACCGGCAGAGAUUGUCGUCAAAUGGUUCGAGCUCGCCAACAUGGGCUUGCCCGUCGCUGCGCUCUCUGCCGUCUUUGGGCCUGCAAGAUUGAGCAGUGUGGCGAGGAGAAGAUUGUUCUCCACCUACGUGCCUUGGGCGCUCAGGUGUGGCAGUACAGCAAAGCCGCUCAUCAAUGUCUACUGGGAAAGACUGUGGUCGACUCCGUUGGCAGACAUCAAGGCAGAUCUGGGGAUCAACGAGCCACCGAUAAGCUGGCGUGACUACAAGAAAGCAGGUGUAUGGAGGUAAUGCAUGUAGCUUUUGUAGUGUAUGAUUACGAGUCAUC